CACAAGCUGGACUCUGCAUAGGGAUCUGGUCUCCAAGCACCUCUAUGAGGAAGCUGACAUGGGGGGGGCGGGAGUCAAGGGGGCCCCGAGUGAGGCAGAGGGAGUGGCCUGAUUAAGAACGGGUCCCAGUGGCAUCGGGCAGAGGCCGCACAUAAAGGCCUCCAAAGGGGAGGGAAGAUAAAAUCCUUCGCACUCACCCCAGCGGCGCGAGCAGAGGCCGGCUUUCCGGCGUGACUGGUUCAGGAGGAAGAAGCCAUGGCCAGUCCACAGGACAAGGAGGGCGCCCCCCCCAGUGAGGGUGCCGACCGGGCAGCCCAACGACCGGCCUGGAGCAGGGUCCGUGUGGGCCCGAGCGGGCGUCCACUUGGCUCCUCCAACAAGCAGUUGGUUCAUUAUUCAGCGACGGGCUUUCCGGCCCUUCGGCCGGUUGGGAGGGACGCUGUCCCCAGGCCCCAGUUGAGCAUAGCCCGAUUCCAGAAUGCUAAGGACCGAGUAGAGCAAGCGAUUAAGCAAAACAAGAUCUUCCUGAUCAUUGGCUCCUUUCCGGUUAUCCGGAGCCUGUUGCGCCAGCGGGGCUGGGUGGAGAAAGAGUGGGCCUGGCCACUCCAGCCGGCCCCAGCAAGCCGGGAAAGGCUAGUCAGUGAGGACGGCGGGGCCACUAAGGGUGAUGAGAGUCCGACUUCCAGCCGUGUUAUCCCCACUCUCUGCUGGACGAACGCCCAGCAGAGGGCAAGGACAGGAGGGGGGAACCUCCGGGGAAGAGCCAGUUCCACGCUUUGGCCCUCGCCCCCACGCUGCGCGUACCAGGAGACGGCUGAGUGUAGUUGGGUUUACGGCUUUAUGUCCCGUCUGGUCCAGAACGAGACCCCCUACUUCAUCUGGACAGCCCGGCGGGAUGUGGUAGAUUUCCAUCUGCUCCGUAAGGAGCAGAUGAUCAAUCAUUAUGCCAAUGCAGGCUCUUUCACCACUAAGAUUGGGCUCUGUCUCAACCUCCGGAAUCUCCCCUGGUUCGAUGGAGCCGACGCUGACACGUUCUUUCCACGCUGCUAUCAGUUGGGGAUCGACGACGAAAGACACGCUUUCAUUGAGGACUUUUGGCUGACGGCAGCACGUUCCAUCCUCAAGCUGGUAGUAAAGGCAGCGUGGGACCCAUUUAAGGAGGAAAAUCUGGACCAGCUGCCUAAGGCUCAUGCCCACAAAGCUCCAGGCAGGAGAUCCAGAAGAGGCAAAAAGGAGCUCCCUGUUUCUAUUCAGCUGAUCGAGGAAGCCUUGAAGAUCUGUGAUGGCCACCUCAGCAACCUGGCACGACAGAACACAGAAAGAGGCCAGGAGACCCUGCUGGGUGUGAGCCAGAGCCAAAUUGACAACUUUUUGCAAUGCUACUACAAGGUGGUUCACGAGGGGGUAGCCCUGGAGCCGACCAAACCUCACGUCCAACGCUGCAAAGAUCUCUUGCACCAACUGAAGAAACAUAUUGUCCAGCUGGAAAUGGAGGGAGAUCAAAACGUGUGGAUCGUGAAGCCCGGCGGGAACUCCAGGGGCCAAGGGAUCGUUUGCUUGGAUCACUUAGAGGGCAUCCUAAAGCUAGUACGCAACAACCUCGUGGCUGUCAAGGAAGGCAAAUGGGUGGUGCAGAAGUUCAUCGAACGACCCCUGCUCAUCUUUGAUACAAAAUUUGACCUCCAACAGUGGUUCCUUGUCACAGACUGGAACCCACUGACAAUCUGGUUCUAUCGUGAUAGCUACAUCUGUUUUGCGACUCAGACCUCUCUCCGUGACCGAGACAUGUCCAUACAUUUAGUCAACAAAUCAAUCCCCAAGUGCCUGAUAUACAGCCAAAGACGUCACCCCUCACUUCCCACGGACAACGUUUGGUCGUCACGGGAAUUUCAAGAGCAUUUGCAGGAGCUAGGAAUCCUGGGAGUCUGGACCAGUGUCAUGCUACCAGGAAUGAAAGCAGCGGUAAUUCACAGUCUCCAGACCACCCAGGAUUCUGUAUCUUUACGUAAAAACAGCUUUGAGCUCUAUGGUGCCAGUUUUAUUUUCGGGGAAGAUUUUCAACCCUGGCUCUUUAAGAUCAACGCCAGCCCCUCCCUAGCACCUUCGACUGCUGUGCCCACCGAGCUUUGUACGGAGCUGCAGAACGACAUCCUGCGUGUGGUUAUCGACUAUCGGAGAGACCAGAACUGCAAUACGGGUGGUUUCGAACUCAUUCACAGGCAGCCGGCUGUUGAGAUCCCCUACUACAAGGGACUGCAGCUCCUGGUAGAAGGAACACCGAUCAAGAAACCAAGCCUUCUCCAGUUAGAUCCUACUGAGUCAUCAGAAGGGGCUGCUGGCCCGCAGUUCCCCAAAGCCCACAGGGUGCCCGAGGGCCGGUCCUCGCCGAUGCCGUCCCUAGCCAAAAGCUACCAUAGAAAAAGUUCUAGGGGUUCAAGGAAGCCAGGCUCCUCCGUAAACAAUGAAACGGCAGCGGCAGCCACCGGGAAGGACGUAGAAGUUAAGGCCGCCACCGACGGGGUUCCAACCCAAUCGUGCCCACGUAAAGGAGACCUGCCACUCGCCACGAUGAGUCGGUUCAACACGGCCGCUCCCAACUGGGGCAAGGAGCAGGAAUCCCCGAAGUCCCACCCACCGGAUAAACACCACCCACACAGGGUCUUAGCUAAAGAGAAGCAAGACCUGAAGUCGACACUGCCACCCCGGUCUGAAAACCGGACCCCGCUCCCUUUGCUGAAGACCCCCAGCCAGGCCCGCUUGAGACCAGAUCCUCAGAAAUCAUCAACUGAUAGCCAAGCACCCAAAAGUGCCUUCACCCACCGCUAAAUAGGGAAGAGUCAUCAUCAGAGUCAAGUCAACCACCAACUACCAAAAGGGCCAGGGCUGUGAACUGAUUUAAGAGUAAACUCACCGUAGGCUACAUCAAUG